UUGAGUCAAUGAUCACGUGAUUGAGUAUUCGUACAACAAUUUCCUGUGAAAUACGCCUCCAUUUAUAUGAAGACAUUGCCAUCACUGGACUCACUGACUGACUGACACACCGAUUGUCACCACAACAACCACAACAGUCACUAUACAUUACCAACACAUCACCAAUUGGUUCGUCUUAAUCACAACAAGAACAACCAAGAAGAUCAUUGUCGGCAUAAGUGACACCACUUUGACAGUUGAUUUGUCACUCAGUUGUGUUGUCAUCACCAGUGAUCACCUCAAUUGAUCCCACUCUGUGUGUCAUUUAUAUUCUGAAAUCUCGUUGACUGUAAUUGUGAUACAAAUGGCAGAUGUGAAUACAUUGGUAUCAGAAGACCCGGCGGCCGACUUUCUGGCCCGAGAACAGAAUGUUUUGGCCGAACUCGAAGAUGACUUCGAGUUUCCCACAAAUACUAAAGAUUUGUCACAAAAAAUCAACGGCAGUUUUGCUAACGGAGACGCAGAUGAGGAUCAGUUUAUGAACGGUCCCAAUGGUCUCACUAAUGGCGACGAAUCGACUCACGACGACUUCAAUGUAUUAACAAAUAAUGCAAUCAAUUCGUCGCAAUCGUCGGACAACACGACUAUAAAAGAGGUUGAGAUUAGAGAAGAACCCGAAAAGAUCCGAAAGUGGAGAGAAGAUCAACAAAAGUUAUUAGAAGAGAAGGAUAGAGAGGAGGCCAAGAAAAAAGAGGAAUUAAAACAAACGGCAAAACAUGAACUCGAGGAAUGGUAUGCCAGAUAUGCCGAACAGCUGGAAAAGUCUAAGAUUAAUAAUAGAAACGCUGAGAAGGAAUGGGUGGCYGAAAGAGAUACUGAAGUAGAGGGUCAGGAGUGGGAGAAAAUCGCCAAAAUGUGUGACUUUAAUCCUAAGUCGACCAGAAAUACAAAAGACACGACAAGAAUGCGAUCAAUACUUUUACAACUGAAACAAAACCCACCGACCAGUCAUAACAGCAAUUCCUAAAUCCGUUCACAACUUAAAUCACUUUUUAAUUAUUAUUAAUUUUAAAAUAUAAAUAUAAGUAUUACAAGAAUUCCAAUUACAGAUAAUAAACUACAUUUAAUUUACAAUUAGUUAAUAUGUAUAAUCAAAUUAAUUUGUUUUUAUAAUAUAAUUUAAUUAUUAAAUUAAAAUUUUAGACAUUGACUCUCAUGUUUGUAUUGGCUCGCAAUGCAAAAUAUAAUUCAUUUAAUGUUUAAAACAUUUCAAUUUUUAGAGCUGAGUUCAGUUCAAUUCAUUAUUAAUAUUUACCAAAUUGUAAUUUACAACAAAAAUUAAUCAAAUCUUAACAAAAUUGUAAAUUACGCCCUGUUUUGAAAGUUACGCGUAAUUUAUUAUCUGAAAAAAUACAAUUAUAAACAUUUCCAAUU